AUGUUCCUGCUGCUGGCUACUCGCGGGGUCGACGCCGUUUUAGGGAACAUGGACCUUACGCGCUACCGAAACCUGACCGGGGAUCUCCGGCCGUACUGGAAGGCAGGGAUCGUGGGCAACGAUGUAGUGAUUGGGGUCGCCGAUACGGGUAUCGACAUGGGCCACUGCUCCUUUGUGGAUGACGCUUAUGACCCCCUUCGUCUACAGAGCCUGUUCACAAACAGGUCCUUGUCCGUGUUAAUGUCGACCCACCGGAAGGUCGUCCAGUACACCAUCCCACCCUACGCGCAGCCGGAUUUUUUCGGUGACUUAUCUGGCCACGGAACCCAUGUGUGCGGUACAAUUGCUGGGGCCAAGUUUUCUUCAGCUACUGGCGACUUUUUGAACAGCGUUGACACUGGCGCAGCGCCUGCAGCCAAGAUCAGUUUCAUGGACACGGCAAAAAACGGUAACCAGCUAUAUAUCCCCAGCAUAGACUACCUGCUACAGACACACUACAAUGUGGGAGCGAGACUCAGUUCCGACAGCUGGGGCACCGAUGGCGCAUCCAGUGUCGUGUACGACUACAUUUCGCAGGCUUUCGAUUUAUUCGCCUGGCGGAAUCCGGGCUUUCUCAGCAUGAUUGCCGCCGGCAACGCAGUGCAAAUUGCCCACACAUUGCUAGUUGUUGCAACAGUAAAGUAUAAGCAAUUGACGAAGUGUAAGGAGAAUAUCAGUAUGGAGAAUUAA